GUGACGUGCAGCCCGACGCGCACGACGACCGCGAGCACGCAGGGCCAAUGCCCUGCGUGUAGGCACGGCCGACGAACAAGCGGCAGGCGGGCGAGACGGCAGGCGGACGAGCGGGCGCACGGGCAAGCAGACGGGCGAUCGCACGGGCAGACGAGCCGACGUAUGGAAGAGCAGACAAGCCAACGCAUGGACGAGCAGGCGAGCCGACGCAUGGACGAGGAGACGAGCGGACGGGUGGGUGACUGGACAGGUGGGAGGGCUCGGCGAUGGAUGGGUAGGAAAGUGGAAAGACGGGCGGGUGACCGUUGGGCAACGGGUGGGUAAUAGCGGACGAGCGGGCGAGGGACCAGCACACAGGGAUGACCGAUGAACGCGCGCACAAGCGAGCCGGCAGGGGACGAACGGGCAGGGGACGAGCGGGCGGGCCAGUGAGCAGGCAGACGGGCAGGUGGACGAGCGGACGAGCGGGGAAGGGGUGAGCACGGGGCGCGGCAUCGUGCAGCACGACACGCACGACGACUGCGAACGCGCAGGGCGAGUGCCCAGCACGCAAGCACGGCCGACGAACGAAUUGUGCGCGGGUGCGUGAAAGACGGAAGACGGCGACGGCAUACAGG